AUGCUUUGCGAGGCGGGAGGUUCAGAAAUGGCGUUUGGAUGGGGAUGAAACCGGUCCCUCCGUGUUAAUUCCCCAUUGAGUUCAGUGAGGCUUACUGCUAACAGCCCACAUAGGCCAAAUAGCAGCCAAAUUCUUAGCAUUGGAUACAAGUGGAUGGAGCCAUUUUAGCUUUGACAGAGAAAGAUCUAUACUCAUCCAGGUUGUGAAAAUGACAUUCAGGUCAUAGAUUAAAUUGAACAGAAGAAUCAUUGAUACCAAGGGAGAAUCCAGUUUUCAUGUCAUGGAUGUUUUUUAAAGAAGAAAAAUGUUACAAAAUCAACAAGAACAGUUGUUGUCUUAUAAUGGGGAGGUCCUUAUUUUCCAGCUGUCAGAAGAAAAAUCUUCACAUCUUGGCAAUAGCAAAAUCACCAAAUUACAUGUCAGACGAAUGACUUUUGACACUGGUACAAAACUGUUUGUUGAGACAUCCACUGGGUCAUUCAUCAUGAGUGGGGAGGAUGUUGAAAUGAUCAAUUGCAGCUGUGCUUGUUGCUUCAGGACAGGAAUUCUUCAUCCCUGUAUUCUACUGAAAAAGAGAAAGAAGAAGAACAUUAAAUAUAUUUUACUGUUCCUUCAUAACUUUAACAAAUUUGUGGUGGUCCUACAUUUUAAAUUGGAUUAUGAACUCAAAAAACCUGUAAAUAUACUUGAUGGUCCAACAGUUCUGUGGACCUAUGGAAAACAACUGUUUCAUAUUUCUCCCCAAACUGGCACGGUUGUAUGUGCCUCUGUUCAGUUUUCAUCCAUCAAAUGGGUGGGUAGGAUUAAGGAUGAAGGUACUGUUGUCCUAGGAACCAGAUCUUCUCGUUUGCCAGAGGAUGGUGAUGGUCGGAGUUUUGCCAAAUCAGAUGCACACAUCUGGGGUACUGAAUGUUUUGCCUAUGCGCUAGACAAACAGCAAGUGCUAACAACUGCUGCUUUUCUGCCUCAUGCUUAUGGUAACAUUGUAUCUUGUGUGCAUGUUUGCAAAGCUGAGAAGUUAAGAAGUAAGUUCAGGACAUCGCUUGUUGCUGUCACAUGUAAAAGCCAGUUGGUUCUCUUCCGAGAUGGUCUGCCUAAAGAUGUUCAUCAGCUUCCAUUUGAGAAACCUUGUUCAGUACAAAUGGUGGUGGUGAAAGGAGGUAGCCAGAUGGUGCUUGUGACAUUUGCUUCAGGAGACGUGUGUGCUGUAUGGAAACAUAAUUUUCAGGUGGCUUUCUGCUGGAAAGAUGUGACAUCCAUUCUCGUAGAUGAUUUUGCUGGCAUUGGAACUGAACAAAUACUAGUUCUAAAGAGUAAUUCCAUUUCAGAAAAUCUGAAUACAUUCCAAAUUACAGAUUUUGUAAAGGUUAAUUAUGCGAAUAACAUAACAAAUGAGGAAGACUCAUCAUCUGCAGUAGACCUGCAACAGAACUGCGUUCUUACUGUCAAAGCACUUGAAGCAAGAUUACAGGCUGGCUUUGCUUCUGUUCAAAAGCUACAGCAGCAUCUCCGUCUCAAAGGAAAUGUUCUGAUAGAGAGUUGUAAUGCAUUAAUAGACAUGGUUCAGGAUCGAAAACAUAGUCUUCCAAGCGCAGUAAAGGGAGGUCUUGUAUCACUCUGGGAUGAAACUGAGAAAACCCUUGAAAAUGACACAUCAACUCAGUAUGCAGACCAAGAGCACUAUGUGGAGGAGAUUUGGUUCCGAGUAGCAGAGGACAACCUAGUAGUUGGAGUAAAAUUAAUGGAAGAAUGUGAUUUGCUGCUUGGUGAUGUCAGCUUGUUUCUGAUAAUGCAUCAGAAAUGUCCUUCAGUUUUUCCAACUAGGUGCCAGUCUAAUGUUGUUAUGCUGAAGAAAGCUACACUGCCAGAGCAUACAUCAUGUUGGCAACUAGAGCCGUGUCCUAAAAGGAUCAAGUUAGAUUGCCAUAAUGGAAAAGAAUGUAAUGGAGGACCUUUUCAAGUGAAGGCAGAGAGGACAAAAGCCUUUACUGCAGUUACUCAGCUCUCUCCUUUCUUGGCAUUGCAUCAAGUACACUGUAUGGUCCUACUGCAUGCAAAGAAGAAAAAAUGCAAAGAUGGAAAUCCACAGAAAAGCAAAAAACUGACUUUAUUAUGUGGUAAUAUUUUACUGAAUCUGGUAGAGAUUUUUAGUGGAAAAUAUUCAGUAAAUCUGAAAGAGACAGGCUCCAUGAAAGAUCUUGUUACACUUUGUGCAGUAUUAUACAAACAGUCAUUUCAAAUAACCUCUACUGACUAUACACUGAAUCCUAUAAAUACAUGGCUACAGAAACAAAUGGAGUGCAUACCAAUUAAGGAAUUUCCUGAGUAUGUGAUUUGUUGUAAGUCUGGAAAUCUGAAUGGCACUCUCUUCAAAUGGAAUCUAAGAACACCCUUUGAUGGAAUUUUAACAGUAUUUUGCAGACAUCCAACUGUCUUGUUCCAGUGCCUUCAUAACCUCAUUGAAUUGUUGCCACCAACUUGUAAGAUAAAGCCCCUAAGAAGAGGCAGCAAGAAGGGACUUGCUGAACAGUUUGCACUAACUUUAGUAGAAGAAAUAGUCACUCUCCAACAUCCUUUCUCUUCAGCUCUAAACUUCACUGAAAACAUGUCUCCAAAUUAUGAGGAAAACAAAGGAACACACAGUAUCUCUACAGUGCAGCACUUCAAAGAGGCAUUCAAACAGGAGCAAAAGCAAAGUACGGUGUGUGUAAACCAAACAAUGAGUGGUGCCUUGUAUAGAGGACUGAUCUUGAAUGUAUUUGAAUCACAGAUGAAGUCUGACUUGAUUUCAUAUCAAUGCUCUUUGCUAUCCUAACAUUAUUUUAAAUUAUCUGUUGGCUAAUACUAUAAAGUGAUGGAAUUUAUAUGAAUUUCUAUUUUUUUAUUAAAUAAGGUUGUCACUGCUAUAUUUUUGCAUGUUUUCAUUAGCAAUGAAAUUAUUUUGCAAACUUACAAAUAGCUAUAGAGAACAUUUGGCUGAAUGUAAAUAGUUCCUCGCUAUGUGUGCCUUUUGCCAGAAUUUUAUAUUCAUUUCAUCAUUCUGUUGGUGCAUCUCUACAUAGAACAACUGCUUAGCUGUCUUUAGCAGGGGAAGAGAGAGAGGUAAAUUCCUGGCAACUUCAGUGGCAGCAUCAAAUCUCUGCCAUUUCCAAGUCUAGGAUAGCCAUGUAGUUGCAGUGGCACACCAUUCUGCUUGCUCUAGUUGCAGUGAGGGCUGUGUAUGUUCAUGUGGUAUAGUGUCAAUGGCUAAACUGCAAAAUAUAUUAAAUCUAUAUUGUUUGGUACCCUGGGAUAGACUUGUUGAACCAACUGCUGAAUGUUGAAUCAGCAUGUAGGUAAAUCCCUGGAUUUGAUGUGGCUGAUGGCCAAGAUAUGCUGUCACAAAUCUGGUUGAAACCCCUUCCAAAAGGACCAGACACCCACUCACUGUGAGUUAUUCUUCUGUUCAUCACAGUACAAAGAGACUGAGUUGUACUCUCAGUUCCCAAAGAGCAUCCUGUCCCUUCACCAACUAAUGUUAAGUUGAUGUGUGGAUGAGAGGCCAAUAAAAGUCAGGCAGACCUCUGUUUUGUUUUGUUUUUGUUUUUGUUUUUAAAAAUGCUAAGCUUUAUAUCAAAAAAUGUUCAUGCUCCUUUCUUUUGUAGAAUAUUUUAUGAGGGACAUAGGCAUAACAGAUGCUCCCUGUCUUAGGCUCAAUUUAAGGUAGGUGGGGAUUAUGUACACCAUCAUCUUUAAAGGAUACCAAGAAUCAAACAGAUCUUAAAUCUUUCUUGCACCUAUCCAACAUUGUCUAAUAUUCAGUGCAGCUGUUUUGAAGAACCUGCCAGAUUUCUUGUCAUGAUAUUGACUAUUACUUCAUACUCAUCCAAGUUCAUAAUCUUGGUACAUAAGGAUGUUAGUCUUCCAUUAUAACAAUGACUGCUCACUGUAACUUGUCAAGUGGGAAUAAGACAUUGUCAUAAAUAAAUGUUCAAUUUUUAUAUUAAUCUACUUAAUUAACAUUCACAGUGAAUGUGAUAUUGUAUAUUUGAUGCUGAGGAUCUUCACUUGAAUUAUGCAUUCUGAAAGAGUGGCUAUCCACAAUUGAAUACUUUCCAGAUAGU